AUGGCAUCCAAUCUGCCAGCCCAGCCAAAUCUCCGGGUCACGAUUAUCGCGGCAGAUGGCCUGUACAAACGCGAUGUGUUCCGUUUCCCCGACCCUUUCGCCGUGGCCACCGUCGGAGGCGAGCAGACCCAUACGACCUCGGUCAUCAAGAAGACUCUCAACCCCUACUGGAACGAACCGUUCGAUUUGAGAGUCAACGAGGACAGCAUUCUCGCGAUUCAGAUUUUCGACCAGAAGAAGUUCAAGAAGAAGGAUCAGGGAUUUCUGGGUGUCAUCAAUGUGCGCAUUGGCGAUGUCAUCGAUCUUUCCAUGGGAGGCGAUGAAAUGCUCACCCGCGACCUGAAGAAAUCGAAUGACAACCUGGUCGUCCACGGAAAACUCAUCAUUAACCUGUCCACGAACCUGGCUGCGCCACACCCGAACCAGCAGAAUGGCCUCCGACCCCAACAGGCCCAAGCCUCAACAUCCAGCGGUCUGGUACCCCAGGUCGCAGCGGCAUCUACGCCUUUGUCAGGUGGACCUAGUCAUGCAGAUAUGUCACCCGCUGCCGCGUCAAGCUCGUCAUUAAAUCCUCGCGCAUCAGCCGCUCUUCCGCCUCCCGCCCACGGCACUCCCCCUGGGGCUAAUGUCCCGUCCCGCGCUAAUAUGAGCUCGUUUGAAGACAGUCAGGGCCGACUUCCCGCGGGCUGGGAACGUCGGGAGGAUAAUUUGGGCCGGACCUACUACGUCGACCAUAAUACGCGCACCACCACCUGGUCUCGUCCUUCGGCCAAUUACAAUGAGCCUGCUCAACGCAGCCAGCGCGAAGCCAAUAUGCAGCUGGAACGUCGGGCGCACCAAAGCCGAAUGCUGCCCGAAGAUCGCACUGGUGCCAACUCGCCGAACUUGCCGGAUGGUCAGCAAGCGAGUACACCGCCUCCAGGCAUAACAGCCCCUGCUGCCGGUGGCUCUGCGCCCGGAGUCAAUGCCAAUGCCGUUUCCAUGAUGGCGACGGGGGCCACCACUGCAGGCACUGGUGAGCUUCCAGCUGGAUGGGAACAGCGUCAUACACCGGAAGGACGCGCCUAUUUCGUCGACCACAACACCCGGACGACGACCUGGGUCGAUCCCCGCCGACAGCAGUAUAUUCGCAUGUAUGGCCAGAACCAGAACCAGGGUGGUAACAACACUACCAUUCAGCAGCAGCCCGUUUCUCAAUUGGGGCCGUUGCCGAGUGGAUGGGAAAUGCGUCUUACCAACACUGCUCGGGUGUACUUCGUGGAUCACAAUACCAAGACGACCACCUGGGACGACCCCCGCUUGCCUUCAUCGUUGGAUCAAGGCGUUCCGCAGUACAAGCGUGACUUCCGUCGCAAGCUGAUCUACUUCCGAUCGCAACCCGCUCUGCGGAUUAUGUCUGGACAGUGCCACGUCAAGGUCCGCCGCAAUAAUAUCUUUGAGGAUUCUUACGCCGAGAUCAUGCGUCAGAGCGCAUCUGAUCUGAAGAAGCGCUUGAUGAUCAAGUUCGACGGUGAAGACGGCUUGGACUACGGCGGUCUUUCUCGUGAAUUCUUCUUCCUCCUCUCUCACGAAAUGUUCAAUCCCUUCUACUGUCUGUUUGAAUACUCCGCGCACGAUAAUUAUACCCUGCAGAUUAAUCCCCACUCUGGGGUCAACCCUGAGCAUCUCAACUACUUCAAGUUCAUUGGCCGGGUCGUCGGCCUUGCUAUUUUCCACCGCCGUUUCCUGGAUUCCUUCUUCAUCGGAGCCUUCUACAAAAUGAUGUUGAGGAAGAAGGUCACUCUUCAGGAUAUGGAGGGUGUCGACGAAGACUUGCAUCGAAACCUGGCGUGGACUUUGGAUAAUGACAUCGAAGGCAUUGUGGAGCUUACUUUCUCAGUCGAUGAUGAGAAGUUUGGCGAGCGUUGCACUAUUGAUUUGAUACCGGGUGGUCGGGAUAUUGCCGUCACCAACGAGAACAAGCCACAAUACAUUGAAUUGGUUACGGAGUGGAAGAUUGUUAAGCGAGUCGAGGAGCAGUUUAACGCGUUCAUGUCCGGCUUCAACGAGCUGAUUCCACCGGAUCUUGUCAACGUCUUCGAUGAGCGUGAACUCGAACUGCUGAUCGGCGGUAUCGCCGACAUCGACGUCGACGACUGGAAGAAACACACCGACUACCGCGGCUACCAGGAGCAGGACGAGGUUAUCCAGAACUUCUGGAAGAUCGUCCGCACCUGGGAUGCUGAGCAGAAGUCUCGUCUUCUCCAGUUCACCACUGGAACUUCGCGUAUCCCCGUCAACGGUUUCAAGGAUCUGCAAGGUUCCGAUGGACCUCGACGAUUCACCAUCGAGAAAUCCGGCGAUCCCAAUGCCCUCCCCAAGUCACACACUUGUUUCAACCGUCUCGACCUGCCCCCAUACAAGACUCACGACACUCUGGAGCACAAGAUGUCCAUCGCAGUGGAGGAAACCCUUGGAUUCGGCCAGGAAUAG